AUGGAAUUCAAAGAGAAUCACAAGCCCUGGGCAUGGGUCUUCGACGCAAAGAUUUGCUGUACUGUUUGUGGCGAACAGAUCAAUGUAUUCGGCCGCUGGCACGAGCACCCUCGCCUAAAAGUGAUCCAAUGCUCUCCCUGUAACAAAUUCUACAAUCAAGGGCGCUGGACAACGGACGAAGACGGCUAUUACGAGCACUGUCGAUGGUGCGGAGAAGGGGGCGACCUACUCGGCUGCGACGAUUGCGUCGAAUCCUUCUGCAAAAAGUGCAUCAAACGGAACUUUGGCCGAGCGGAAACGCAGAUGAUCGAAGCUGCCAAGUGGAAGUGCUUUUGUUGCGACCCAAAGCCGUUGCGAAAACUACUCGACGAUUGUAGAAGAGUCGUGGACGCGAGAAGGCAGCGAGAGGAGUUUCUCUUGGAAGAAGAGAAACGGCUGAAAAGAAAGAAACUCGAGAAGGAGGAAAAAUUCAGACGAGAAAAAGCUGAACAGAAACUUUCUACGAAAUCCAUCUCGCCGGUACCAGCGCCCACAGACGAAUUAUUGAACGGAAACAGCCAAAACAGCGGCGAAUCGACAGAUUUGGAGGAGAUUGACGAGAAAAUGCACAUUCUCCUCAAGCGCCUCCAGCUCAAACUCAACGAUCCUGACAAGUCCUUCGAGCAAAAAGAAAAGGCGCGAACUACAAUCAACACGAUUCAUAAGUCGAUUCAAACGAUCAAGAAAUCAACAGAAAGCGCGUCAAAAUCUUGGCCGGCGCAAGAAACUCAAGCUACAGUGAUAAGCUCUGGCAGCUCAGAAGGAGAAGAAGUCGAGUCGGAAGCAGAAAGCGGAGAUGAACUUUUCGCGAUGACGAAAAAGCGGCGAAAGGGAAGCGCGCACGAAGGAGUUGGAAAGCUUAGAACGGAAACAUCGUCCGACGAAUACUCGGACGAAGAGUCGGCGAAGAAAAUCAAGGAAGAGCGAAAACGCGAGAACGAAAAACGCGCUGAAAAAGCUCGCAUUCGCCGCGAAGCCAUCGCCAAACAGGAAGCAGAAAAAGAAGCUGCGGAAGAAGAACAGCGAAAGAGAAACUUGGAAAGAAUUCGGAUGCGAAAGGCUGAAAGUGCGCUGAAUCAAGAAAACUUGAAAAACGCUAGAAAUGCGAGGAAAGUAUCGCCCAAGCCGCAAAACAACUCCAGCAUCGUGGAACUUUCUGAUUCAGACGAAAAGAUGUCCCCUCAACCGGCACAGGGAAACGAUGAUUCGGAAAAUUCUGGAGCGGAAGAAAACGGAGACGCCGGUUCUAGUGAUGAAGAUCUGGAAUUCCUACCCGACGAGAACAACGUAGCGGAAAAUGGAGCCGAAAAUGGCGCUGCUUCCAGCCAAGGAAGUGACGACGAAAACAUGGAAGCGGAUAUUGAUGAAGACGAAAUUCAAAAGAAAAGGUCUCCCAAACCGAAACGAUCAGAAAAGGCAAAGGAAGUAAUCGAUCUUGACUCUUCUCCAGAAAGAAUGGAAGACGAUUCUCAAGAAAAUGAUGCUGAGGAAGAGGACGAUGACGAACCAGCCAACAGAAGGAAAAAGCGUGAUCGUCUGCUGGAAGACGAGAAAAUUCUUUCUUCAGACGAGGAAUUCAUCAACAGUAUCAAAGGAAAGGGAAAGAAAAAGAGAAAGCUAUCAACUCAAGAGGAAGACCAACAACGGAAACGAAAUAAAAUCUCUUCUUCCGCGGAAGAAAGCUCAGACGAAGAGAUGGAGAUCUCGAAAAAGAGCAAGAGAAGGCGUCGGAAAAAUCUCGACAGUUCAGACGGCGAGGAUGGCUCUGAUAAAGAAAACAUCGAGGAGGAAGAUGGAGAAGGAAGUGGAAAGAAGAAGAAGAAAAAGGAGAAGGCCAAGUCAAGGAAGAUUAUGACAGAUGAGAAGCUCUCGGAGGAAACCAAGGCGGCCGAAAAAGCGGAAAAAGAGAGGAAAAUCCGUCUCGCGAAGAUUCGAGAGGAGCGUCAGACAGUCAAUCCAGGCGAAUCAUUCGAGACUAGUGACUGGAGUGGCGUCUUGAACAAAACGCCGAAAAUCGAAGUUGACCCGGAGCUGAAGGCACAUCUGAAGACUCACCAGAUCGAUGGCGUUCAAUUCAUGUGGGAUUGCACGAUCGAGUCUGUGACACAAAAAGGCAACGAGUUUGUUCUUGGAUCUAAUGCCAGGGGCCACGGUUGUAUUCUAGCGCAUUGUAUGGGCCUUGGAAAGACGCUUCAAUCAAUCGCGCUCAUGCAUACUUUAUACAUUCACGAGUUUCUCAAGCUUAACCAUUACCUCGUGCUGGCGCCGCUGAAUGUCUGUGAAAACUGGGCAAUUGAAGUGGACAAGUGGACUGGCUCUUUAGAGCGCCCACUCGGCUGCUGGAACUUGCAGUCAUCAUCCGAUUACCACGAGCGAUUGGACAUGUGCAAGGAAUGGGACGCAGAAGGAGGCGUUCUUGUCUUGGGCUACUCCCUCUUCCGAAUGUUGGCGACCGGCGCCAACAUGAACAGAAAAGUAAAACGUCUGAUUCCAAAGUUCAAAGAGUUCCUUCUCAAAACACCAGAUUUGAUCGUCGCCGAUGAGGGCCACCAGCUGAAAAACUCAGAAUCCGCCAUUUCUAAGGCAACAAAGCAAAUUCAUACGCACCGUCGAGUGGUUCUCACUGGUACUCCGAUGCAAAAUAACCUCGACGAGUAUCACUGCAUGGUCGACUUUGUCCGCCCAAAUCUUCUCGGUACAAACAAGGAAUUCAGAAAUCGUUUUGCCAACCCUAUUCGAAAUGGAGAACAUAUCGAUGCCAGUCAAUUUGAUGUGAAUCUAAUGAAGAAGCGCGCUUUCAUUCUGGCGAAAUCGCUUGAUGGAGUCGUCCAGCGAAAGGAUUAUUCUUACAUGUGCCAACAUUUACCUCCGAAACAUGAGUACGUCCUGAGUUUGCAACUUACCGAAACCCAGAUCAAACUGUACGAAUACUACCUCAAGAACAAAUCAACUGCCCUCGUCAGUGGAGGCAAAGUCUCUGGAAGAGGACUCUUUGGCGACUUCCAAACCUUCUUGCUCAUCAACAACCAUCCCCGUUGUCUCCUCCAGCAAACUGAGCAACAAGAGGACCGUGCUGACCGCGAAGAACUGAACAGAUUCGUGACUGAUGACACCUCUGAAGAAGAAUCAGACGCGGAAGACUUCAAUGCCGACAACCUCGAUGACGACGACAAGGAAGUCGUUGACACGCCAGAUCCAAAAGAUGAAGACGAGCUCAGGGAACUCAGUGGCAUGAAAAUCCGCCAGUAUGUCAUCGCCAAAGCUGGUGGAUAUCACCACUGUAAUUCGUCUGAUCCACGGGAUCUUCUGCGACGAGCGAUCGAGCUCUUCCGAAAAGAAAUCGAUCCAGACAACGAGUAUUUGGAGGAAGAAAUCAAAUUUCUGAAAAGAGACAAACUAAAAGAACUCAUCCUUCGAAAGGGCGGCACUGAUGCAGAUGUAACUGGCAAGUCUAAAACGGAUCUGCGAAAUUUCGCAGCACAUCUUCAUCGAAAAUCAGUCAUGCCUCCUCCCGACAGAGUCUGGUACGAGCAGGUCAUGAAUGACACGAACGAGAAUACUUUUGAUUGGGAUAAAGCGGAGCUCUCAAUCAAAAUUAAUGCGCUCAUUGAAAUCAUCAACAUCUCACACCAUCUCGGAGACAAGUUGAUCGUCUUCUCGCAGUCAGUCAUUACGCUUGACACGAUUGAAAGCUUCCUUCACGAGUCGACAGUUACGACAGGCUUUAAUCUUGAUGAUGAAUCGCCCAAAAUGCCCUUGUUUGUCGGCAAUCAGAAGUGGUACAAAAACAUUGACUACUUCCGAAUAGACGGAAGCGUCACAGCGGCAAAGCGAACCACUUACAUUGAAAGCUUCAAUGACCCUGAAGACGAUCGAGCCAGACUCUUCCUUGUUUCUACAAAAGCGGGUGGAAUUGGAACGAAUCUUGUUGGAGCAAAUCGUGUCAUCAUUUUCGACUCCUCGUGGAACCCCGCUCAUGAUGUUCAGUCCCUCUUCCGAGUUUAUCGAUUUGGUCAAACUAAAAGUGUCUUUGUUUACCGUUUUGUCGGACACGGUACGAUGGAAGAGAAGAUUUACGAACGUCAAGUUAACAAGUCGUCACUUGGCUUACGAGUUGUCGACGAACAACAAGUUGACCGCCACUACUCUGCUGAUCAACUGAAAGAUCUCUACAAGUUUGUGCCGAAGCCUGAAGGAGAGCGAGAGCGUCUUGCUCUUCCCAAAGAUGACUUGCUCAAGGAAAUGAUCACUCAUGACAAGACCAAGGACUGGAUCCUCAAAUACCACGAGCACGACUCCUUGUUAGAGCACAAGCCCGAAGAAAACCUGACGAAAGAAGAAAUUGACAGAGCCUGGGAAGAGUACGAGAAUGAAAAGAAGGGAAUCUUCACGCAUCGUUACAACCCAUCCGUGCACUUCAACCCAACGCAAUCUGUCUUCGCCAACACCCACAACGAUUCUUUGAUCGAGAGUGAGAAUUGGCUAAUGGGACUCUCCAACCCAACUCUGACGGCUUUGGUCAAAGUUGGCGAAGAAAUCUUUGGCGAAAAGUACAACUCCUUCUUCGCCAAUAGAUACCAGCCGAAAGUUCCAGAGAUGAUGAAGCUACUUCUGUCUUACAAUCCCAACACGCCGUAUAUCGACGCUUAUCAGAACUCUGUUCGUCUUGUCGGCGUUGUUCAACAAAUGCUUGGGAACGAGGAAACUAUGUACCAAGAAGGCUUCGCCAUCUACCAACAACUCUUGAAGCGCUACGAAGCCCUCAAGAAUGGCUUAGGUCAAAGCGCCUCUGCGAAGGUCCCGAUCAAAAUCGCACCGCGCGCCUAUUUCAACAAAUAA